CGCUGCUGGUCCUCCGGAGCUCCGAGACCCACACACACACACAGACAUGAAGAACCGAGGAGGAGCAGGAGGAGGAGGAGGAGGAGCAGCAGGAGCAGGAGGAGGCUACGUGGACGGUCGGCUCAGACACCGAGUGGAGCAGUAUCUGGAGAGCUGCACCAGAGAGUUUGUGGACGUGUCGGCCGUCGCCAUGGAGCUCCAGAAACUCUACAGGAUGGACUACGGCAGGAGAAACAAGACAGCUUUCAGGAUUCAGGUGGAGAGAGUGUAUGAUGUGAUCAUGAAGGAGUCUGGGCUCAACGAUCUGGAGAACAAACAUCUGCUGAAGAGAGCCGAGGACCGCCACGCUGGUGAUGACAACAGCAGCUCAGAGGAGUCUUCUGACAACGAUGACCUCAUUCUGGACAAGACGUCCACCAACCUGAUGAACAGCUCCCUGACCUCUCUGUACCGUAAGACUCAGCCAGAGUCCAGCAGCAGCUCCCCCAGGAGGGACCAGUCUGCUCCCAGUGCUCCCAGUCCAGCCGGCCUCCCUCCCAGUGGGGGGACGCUGGUCUCCACCGGAGGCUGGUUCAUCGAUAAAGGCCCAGACAAGAACGUCUUCAUCGACCUGUGUGAGGAGGAGACUAACGCAGCAAAACAUCAGACGGACGUGUCCAUGCUGGAACCUGUGAAAUCACAGAAAAAGUCAAGAAAAAGAGCCAAACUGUCCAGUGAAAGGACAGAGUCCUCCUCCCUGAAUAAGAAAGCCAAGUCCAAGUCCCCGGAGCUCCAGUAUCCCAGUCUGAGGUUUGAGGACGUUGGAGGGAACGAGGAGACGCUGACGGAGGUGUGUAAGCUGCUGAUCCACAUGCGCCACCCUGAGGUCUACAGCCAGCUGGGCAUGGUGCCCCCUCGCGGGUUCCUGCUCCACGGACCCCCCGGCUGUGGGAAGACCCUGCUGGCCCAGGCCGUGGCCGGGGAGCUGCAGCUGCCCCUGCUGAAGGUCUCUGCUCCGGAGCUGGUCUCUGGAGUCUCUGGAGAGUCUGAACAGAAGCUCAGGGAGCUGUUUGACCAGGCCCUGGCCUCGGCGCCCUGCAUCCUGUUCAUAGACGAGAUCGACGCCAUCACCCCCAAGAGAGAGGUGGCGUCCAAGGACAUGGAGAGGAGGAUCGUAGCCCAGCUGCUCACCUGCAUGGACGACCUCAACAGUGUGACGGUGACGGCUCAGGUUCUGGUGAUCGGCGCCACCAACAGGCCGGACGCUCUGGACCCGGCCCUGCGCCGCGCCGGACGCUUCGACAGAGAGAUCUGCCUCGGCAUCCCCGACCAGGCAGCUCGCCUCAGGAUCCUGAGGACUUUGUGCAGGAAGUUGAAGCUGUCGGAGGACUGUGACUACCAGCUGCUGGCCCGCCUCACCCCGGGGUACGUGGGCGCCGACCUCAUGGCUCUGUGCCGCCAGGCCGCCAUGACCGCCGUCAACCGGGUCCUACUGGAGAUCAGAGGACCGGGCCAGAACCAGGACCAGAACCAGAGCCAGAACCAGAGAUCUACUGGAGAACCUUCAGCAGGCGGAGAGGUUUCAGAGCAGCAGAGGAUGGAGGUCAGCCCAGUCCACCAGGAGACACGGGACCAGGACCAGGACCAGGACCUGGACCAGGUCCAGCAGGGGGAGCUGCACCACCUGCUGCAGCUGCUGAAGACCACCGAGUGUCUGUCUGAGGAGCAGCUGGACGCUCUGUCCAUCUCCAUGUCCGACUUCCAGACGUCUCUGUCCAGCGUCCAGCCGUCGGCCAAGAGGGAAGGCUUCGCCACGGUGCCGGACGUCUCCUGGGAGGACGUGGGAGCGCUGCAGGACAUCAGGGAGGAGCUCACCAUGGCCAUACUGGCUCCGGUCCGAUCUCCAGAACAGUUCAGAGCUCUGGGGCUCAGCGCUCCGUCUGGUGUUCUGCUGGCUGGACCUCCAGGAUGUGGAAAGACCCUGCUGGCCAAGGCCGUUGCCAACGAGUCCGGACUCAACUUCAUCUCAGUCAAAGGACCCGAGCUGCUCAACAUGUACGUGGGGGAGAGUGAGCGGGCGGUGAGACAGGUCUUCCAGAGAGCUCGUAACUCUGCUCCUUGUGUCAUCUUCUUCGAUGAGAUCGACGCUCUGUGUCCUCGCCGCUCAGGACACGAGUCCGGGGCCAGUGUCCGGGUGGUGAACCAGCUGCUGACGGAGAUGGACGGUCUGGAGACUCGGCGGCAGGUUUUCAUCAUGGCCGCCACCAACAGACCAGACAUCGUGGACCCGGCCGUCCUGAGGCCCGGUCGCCUAGACAUCACGCUGUACGUGGGUCUGCCGCCGCCAGCAGACCGCCACGCCAUCCUGCUCACCAUCACCAAGGGCGGGACCAGGCCUCAGCUGGACCAGGACGUGUGUCUGGAAGAGAUCGCUCUGGACGAACGCUGUAACUGCUUCAGUGGAGCUGACCUGACGGCGUUGGUGAGGGAAGCGUCUGUUAACGCUCUGAGGACUCACCUGAAGACCAGCAGCUCUGCUCCUGGUCAGCCGUUGUCCUCGGCCGGUGUUGCCGACAUCAGAGUCAACAAACAGAACUUCGAGGACGCCUUCAAGAAAGUUCGUCCAUCUGUGUCCAAAAAGGACCAGAGGAUCUACGAGCAGCUCAAAGAGUCUCUGAGCAGAUAACGACCGGACCAGAACCAGAACCAGCAGCAUCCUCCCUGGGACUUCAGUUAUCAGUGAAUUAUUAUUAUUA